GGCGACAUUUAUCCGCUGUGCCUUGACUAUGCCGCAUUUUUAUUGAAACAAUGCAUUUUAUAUUCAUUUUCGUGAUUUCAGUAUUUUCAAUCGAUUUAAUCCGAUUGUCUCGGAUAAUGUCGGAUUUCUUCAAUUUUCAUUCGCUAAUUUAUUUUCAGUGCAUUUUGUUCCAUGCGUUACACACGUUACACACGCACACACAUAAUCGUCAAACAAAUACUUAUAAAUCAAACGUCAAAACAAGUUCACUCUGUUUACGUUUACUCUGCGCGCACCAAAUUCUCGUCCAAAAUCUCGCAAUUAUUUCUGUUUAGUGCUAAAAGUGGCGAAAAUAUGGACUAUUUUUGGAGAGAAUUGAGCAAAGUGGUCGGUCCGAUUCCAGUAAGUAUCAAGGUGAUACUGGAGCAACUGCGGUGGCCUUGCCUACUUAAAUGAUCAUGACGUUAUAAACGCGAUGGAGGAGGAAGUCAAACACCUUCCAGAAACAACCGGAAAAUCAGAUCGUGAAUGGCAGAAGAUGAUUGGCUUCAAUGUGCCUUUGAAAAACUUCCGCUUCGUGUUGGGAGAGCGGAGCUUAUUGAAGGUGAUAUCCAAUAUAGUUGAGAAGCAAGGCAUUUCCAAAUUCACGAAGAAAUUGAUCAAACAAGACUCCCUUGGAAAAUCUGAAUCGGCCCCCGAAACACAGACUGAGCAGUCGAUGAGGCAGAAAGUCAUCGAAUUUUACACAAAGAAAUGCAGCAAUGGAAGCAACACCGAAACAUACUUUUUCGAUCAAAUAGCAUCCAUGAAGGUCGACAUGAUGAAGCUGGCACGAGGGCGGUCCUAAAGUGUCCUUUCUGCGAAUUCGCAUGGAAAAAUCUGGCAGCUGGAAAAUAUCUAACUUUUCUUCACAUGUUCGAGUUAAGCAUGCCGAAUACGAUAUUCCCGGUGAUUUUAUCUCACAGCAGCCCAAGAAGCGUCCAUGUGACAGUCAUCUGGAAACCACUCCGGAAGAUACUCCAUGGACGGCAAUGGCAACACCUGAAGCUUAUGAAACCGAAUACCUGGAAAUUAGUCAGCAAUCAUGUUCUCAAACCUCGACGGUCGCUGCAGUACUGACAAACGAGAACGAUCGGGAAGUGAGGCGUACUUGUGAGGAUGGACCUCCGACCUACGUAUUGCAGCAUCUAGUUGUAAAGCGAAUGAAGUAUGAGGACAGCGAUCCAUUUACCGAUGAUGAAGGCAAUCAGUGUAGCUUCGUGAUUAUCAUAAAGUUGUGCAAUAAAUGGUCAUUUUUAGAAUCAUUUCCUUUUUUUGUUUUUUUCAAUUCACAGAAUACCCAAUGUUUCUAUUUUCAAAUACUCGAC